UCGAAAAAUUGGAUCAGAAAAUCAAUAUUCUCUGGAAAAUUGAGGUGUUAAAUGAAGAAAGCCUUUCUUGAAACUUUAGAAAUUUUUCAAAAAAUUGAGUACCCUUUCACCAAAGUUUUAAGUUCUCAGAACAAAGGGUGCUUAACUUAAUAUGAAAUUUUCUUAUGGAAAGUCUUACUUUAGAAUUUUCCAGUCUUAAAAAUAAUCUAACCCAAAUAUCUUGUUAUGGCUAUGAAAUAGGAGAAGGACCUUAUAGUGAAGUUUACAAGGUGCUUUGAAUCACCGAUAACACUGUAUAUACAUUGAAAAAAGUUUAAUCCCUUUGGCAUUAAAAUAGAGUCAUUGAAUAAGAAAGAAAUAACGAAUUCCCUAAAUGAAGUAAGGAUCUUAGCGUCUAUCGAUAACAAGAAUGUGAUCUCUUACAAAGAAGCUUUCUAUGAAAAAGAGAGUUUAUCCUUAUGCAUCAUUGUGGAGUAUGCUAAUGAUAGAGACUUGUAUCAAUAAAAACAUCAAUAACCGUAAACUUCAGAUAAAGUUUGAUGAGAUCUAUAUCUGGUGAAGUUUGGUAUAAUCCUGUAUGAAAACCUUUAUCCUAAUAGGAUGUGAAGGUAAAUUUAAGGUUUCAGAAAAAGAGUGAAAUAUCUUCCUUAAUAAUGAUGGAAUUGCUAAGUUAGGAGACCUAAAAGUCUCCAAAGUGGCUAAGGCAGGCCUACUGUCUACUCAACAGGAACUCCUUAUUAUGCAAGCCCUGAAAUCUGGAAAGACAAGCCUUAUAAUAGAUCGGCUGCACAGUACUCUAUCCCAUCAUUCAUCAUGCUAGAUGAAGCUAUUAGGAAUUACCCUAGGCAAGACCUUUUGUCAUAUUCAAAAGUAAAUUAAACUAUUGAAUUAGUCAGAAGCAAAUUUUAGAAGGAUUAGUUUGCUCUUGCUGUUUAUACAGCAAUCAUUCUUUUCUUGUAUUUCUUAGAGCAUCUUUUAUAUAUUCUUUAUAUUAUGUCUAAAUAUACAUAAGACAGGAUUGUGGCUAGGUAAGCAUCUUUAUUUCUAGCAAAUCUGGGACCGCAUUACUAGGUUUUUAAGUGAGAAUAGGCCAAAUAUAAUCCAGAAUUCAGCACAGUUGACUCUGAAAGUGGUUGAUGUCAGACUCUGAACCCAUGAAGAAAACAUAUUGUGAAAUUUAUCAAUAGAGUAUUAUAGGGUAAUUUUCAAUUAGACAAGGUUUUAAAGACUCAGCUUUUCUUAUGGCAUAGCCUUCAUAGCCCUAAGAAUAGUUGUGGAUGAUUUCUUCUGAUCGAUUUUACACUUCUCCUUCCAGCUUUGAGGCUUCCAUCCUUUCUGAAUAUAGCUGUAGUAGAAUUCUUGUUCAAUGGAAGAAUUUAGUGAAAAUUUAGGCUUUCAGAUAAGCUUUCUUUAGUUUUAAAAUGAGAAGCAGUAUAUGAUUCCUCCUGACGAAGUUUGUAAUCGCAUCUCUUCUUUUGUUUAAUAUGGUUCUUGGGGGAAGACUUGAGCUUCAAGCAUUAUGGUUAUCAACCAUAUCAUCAAGAUCUAUCAGACAGAUAUUUGCAUCCUUGUUUCCUGCAAGUCAGCUCUUGUUGAUCCUCAAGUAUAGAGGCUAUUUUUACCAGAAGAUUCAUUGUAGUCCUCAGCGAAAGUUUAGAAGGAACCAUCCCAGAAUUAGUGAAUUGGAGUAUUUGCUGACAUGAAUG